CAACUCUAUUACGUUACGUGAGCUGUCUGAAUUUCAUUGAUCAAAAGCCAUAGGCGAUAGAAUGGGAGUCUAAACCCAGAUUUUGUGUUAAAAAUUAAGCAUUGAAAACCGAAGAAUGCGAGUUGAAGUGUUUUUCAAGUAAGAAACGCCACUUUCCUCAAUCUCUUUCUCUUCGACUCGACACAACGGUUCUCCCACUGUCAAUAUAUGAUUGCUUUUGUUCUAUUUGCUCUCCAAUCCACGGAAUAUAUCACAAAUGUACAACUGCGAAUCUUGAGAGUUGAGACAACUGAUGAGCCAAAACACAGACAACGGGGCUGUAAAGAUGGAGUCUUUAUGAGUUAUAAUUGCUUCUUGUUUUAGCUAUUCAUGAUAAUGCCCCAAAUUAGACCGGGUUGGUGGCCUGCACUUUUGGUAGGGUUAUGGAUGUGUGCUUAAUUAAUGGUUUGCUGAGCUGUGAAAAUAAGGAGUAAUAAUAUCAGGGUCUCUCAUGUUUCUCAAGUGAACUCAAAAUUGAAAUGAUGGGAGCCCUCUGCAUUUAUUAUUUGGAGGGGGAGAAUGAAUUUGAAUUCAAUUCAAUUGAAGAAAAGGAGGAGUUUUAUUGAAGAAGAGCCUUUGGCCGACUGAUGGCUCCUGGGAGAACUUCUGGAUUCCAUCGCCAAGGAGAUGACUGGUUCAGCAGUUCAAGUUUGCAAAGUGAUAUAACAGUGGUGGUGGAUGAAGUGAAGUUCCAUCUCCACAAGUUUCCUCUUAUUUCUAGGUGUGGGAAGAUAGCAACUAUCUGUGAAGAGUCUGAAAGUUCCACCGAGAGGACAUUGCAAGUUCGUCUUGAAGAGUUUCCUGGUGGUGCCGACACUUUUUUCAUAGUAGUAAAAUUCUGCUAUGGUGGGAGGCUAGAGUUCACACCCAAAAACAUAGUAAUUUUGUAUUGUGCUGCAGAUUAUCUUUCGAUGACUGAUGUGUAUGGUGAAGACAAUUUAUUGUCCAAAUCAAAAAGUUAUUUUCAUAAGCAUAUCCUAAAAGACUGGAAGGAUUGCAUUUUGGCUCUCCAAAGCUGUGAACUAGUUAUCCCAAGAGCUGACAAACUUCAAAUUAUAAGUAAAUGUAUCAAUGCAUUGUCUGUAAUGAUCUGUACGGAUCCCUCGUUGUUCGGAUGGCCUAUGAUGAUGUAUGGUAGCCUACAGAGUCCUGGAGGAAGCAUUCUGUGGAACGGGAUAAAUACUGGUGCAAAGAUCCAUAGUAAUGAAUCUGACUGGUGGUUUGAGGAUGUAUCGUAUCUCUGUGUCGAGUUAUUUGAGAGGCUAAUUCAGACAUUGGAAGCCAAAGGAAUAAGUCCGGAGAACUUAGCACGUGCCAUAAUGUACUAUUGUAAAAAGUAUCUUCCAGGACUGGGUCGCCGAUGGCAGGGAGGACAGAGUAGUUUGUCGAGGACAGUUACUAGUUUCAGCAUGAUGCCUGCCAAUGUUAAUCAAGUUGCUCUUUUGCAAAGUGUUAUCAAACUUCUGCCAGAGAAGAAAGGAAAAUCUUUUUGCCGUUUUCUGCUGGGACUUCUACGUGUUUCAUUGAUCUUGGGAGUUAACAAUACAUGCCGGGAUUCUCUGGAAAGGAGAAUAGGCGUGCAACUCGAUUUGGCAACCCUGGAUGGUCUACUGAUACCUAAUUAUUCUGAUUCUGAUACUUUGUACAACACCGAUUGUGUUGAAAGGAUGAUUCGUCAUUUUGUAUCUUUGGAGUCUAGUGUAGCUUCGAUAUCUCCAUUAUCUACUGACCCUGAAACAUCAACAUUAUCCGUGAGUUUCAAGAGAGUUGCUAAAUUGGUAGAUAAUUAUGCAGCAGAGGUUGCUUCUGAUGUAAACCUGAAACCUGGAAAAUUACGUGGACUGGCAGAAGCGUUACCAGAAUCUUCAAGAUCUUUGCACGAUGGGUUAUACCGAGCACUGGAUAUAUACUUUAAGGCACAUCCCUGGCUUUCAGAUAAAGAGAGGGAGCAGCUUUGCAACAUUAUUGAUUUUCAGAAACUCUCAAUCGAUGCUUGUGCACACGCAUCUCAAAACGAGAGGCUCCCACUCAGAGUCGUACUACAGGUCCUGUUCUUUGAGCAGAUGCAGCUGCGGACGGCCUUAGCUGGCUGCCUAAAUGCUCUUGAUGCUGAAAGUGCGCCUACAGCUUCUCUGGCAGUUCCUAACGAAGCAGCUGGGCCAAGAGUCCGUCAAGAUGGAUGGGUAACAGUUGUUCACGAGAACCAGAUGCUAAAAGUAGAUAUGGAACGGAUGAGGUCGAGAGUUGGUGAGCUGGAAGAAGAGUUCAGUAAAAUCAAGGAAGAGAUGAAAAAGGCAACUGGAUGCAAUCUACUUCCUCAGGCUUCAGAUGCCCAAAAAGACGUCGUCGAGAGUGGGACACCAACUCCAAGAGCAUCAGUUGAGCAGGCGCAACCAUCCCUCCAGAAUCCUAGACAUAGAAAAAGUUCCUCCCUGUUUUGAGCAUUCUUUUCUUGCAGCGAGCUGGCAACCACGGGAAUAGGGGCUAGUCAAGCCAAGGUGGCAAUGCUAGGUUUUCUUCUCUGGCAGUAUGUGUGAAGCAAACGUUGAGAAGAUGGUGCUUGUCCAUGUCUGGUGCGAUGGUGUUUGUCCAUGUCCAUGUCCAGUGCCAUAGCUGGAGAAGGUAAAGAAAUGUAGCAAUACAUAGGUUUAGAUGGUGAACGGGGCUGGGGAAAAAAUUCUAGCAGAUGAGUAUGACCUUCGUUUUUUCUGUAAUAAUGUAGCAAAACAUAGCUUUAGAUGAUCUACGGGAUCGUAUCUACUAGAGUUUUUUCCUCGGUUUUCACAGCAUUCACAAAAGCUGAAUUUAUAAUGUAUAAUUUGUAUCUUAUGAUGUUAUAGUUGUAUAUAGUUGCAACUUACUAGUAUA